AUGGAAUAAUUAAAUAGUGAAGAAUAAGUAAUUAUUGAAGAGAUUAAUCAUUCUGAACACACUGAAAUACAUAUCAUAGAAUAUAUAUGUUACCCCUUCUACCUGGCCUUGUUAUGUCUCUUAUGCAUACUAAUCAACCUCAACAAGCGUAAAUUUAGAAGAAGAUAUCGAGUAGAUGAGAUAUUCCUCUUCAUUGCAGUUUAUUUGUUCAAUGUGUUGAUUACUUGGAAUUUCUUUGAUUUCUUUGACAAAAUAGUGAGAUUCAUAAUAACCCUAAUCAUAAUAUUUGGCAUUCAGCAUUACAUCGGAAGAGUGCAAAUUGUAGGCGUCACAGGAGGAAUUGGUUGUGGCAAAUCCACAGUGGCCAAAUACUUCAAUGAAUUCCUUAAAGUCCAAGUAAUAGAUUGCGAUCAAAUUGCCAGAGACAUUGUAGAACCUGGAAAACCUGCUUAUAAACUUAUCGUUCAGAGAUUUGGACUCUCCAUUCUAGCAGGUCAGCAAGAUGGACAGCCUAUUGAGAGAUAGAAGCUAGCAGAUGUGGUAUUUCAAGACAACCAAAAAAGGAAAUAAUUACAAGCAAUUACAAAUAAAUUCAUUUUUAAAGAAAUCGCUAAAUCCAUAUGGAAAAUCUGCUUCGUCCAAAAGGAUCAAUAUGUAGUCAUUGAUGCUCCCCUCCUCUUCGAAAGCAAAGUCUUAGAGUAUUUCUGUUUCCCCAUUAUCACGAUUGUUGUGACUAGUCAAGAAGAAAUUAUCAAAAGAGUCAAAGAAAGAAGUGGUUUAACUGAAGAACAAAUAUUGCAAAGAAUUGAAUCACAAAUGAAGGCAGAAAUCAAAAUCAAAAAAUCAGAUAUCGUUAUUACGAAUGAUAAGUCUGAGAAAUCAUUGAUAAGACAGGUUCAAGAGAAAGUAUUUGAGUACUUAAUUUGA